AUGGCGUCCAGGCUGCUCACCCGGCAGCUGGCCUGCAGCCUCCAGCACAACUACCGCCUGCUCAUGCCCGGGGCCAGACACAUCAGUCAGGCCUCAGCCAAAGUCGAUGUGGAGUUUGAUUAUGACGGGCCUCUGAUGAAGACGGAAGUCCCAGGGCCUCGGUCUCGGGAGUUAAUGAAACAGCUGAAUAUAAUUCAGAACGCAGAGGCUGUGCAUUUUUUCUGCAACUAUGAAGAGAGCCGAGGCAACUACCUGGUCGACGUGGAUGGCAACCGGAUGUUGGAUCUUUACUCACAGAUCUCCUCUGUCCCCAUAGGUUACAGCCACCCUGCUCUCAUGAAACUCCUCCAGCAGCCUCAGAAUGUGAACACAUUCGUCAACAGGCCUGCCCUCGGCAUCCUGCCUCCAGGGAACUUCGUGGAGAAACUCAGGGAGUCCUUGCUCUCGGUGGCUCCCAAAGGGAUGUCCCAGAUCAUCACCAUGGCCUGCGGCUCCUGCUCUAAUGAAAACGCCUUCAAGACCAUCUUCAUGUGGUACCGGAACAAGGAAAGGGGUCACUCGGGGUUCUCCAAAGAGGAGCUGGAGACCUGCAUGAUCAACCAGGCCCCAGGGUGCCCUGACUACAGCAUCCUCUCCUUCAUGGGCGCGUUCCACGGGCGGACCUUGGGUUGCUUGGCGACCACUCACUCCAAAGCGAUUCACAAGAUUGACAUCCCUUCCUUCGACUGGCCCAUUGCACCGUUCCCAUGGCUGAAAUACCCUCUGGAAGACUUUGUGAAAGAGAACCAACAGGAAGAGGCCCGCUGCCUAGAAGAGGUGGAGGAUCUGAUUGUGAAAUAUCGGAAAAAGAAGAAGACGGUGGCGGGGAUCAUUGUGGAGCCCAUCCAGUCGGAGGGCGGGGACAACCACGCCUCCGAUGACUUCUUCUGGAAGCUGAGAGACAUCGCCAGGAAACACGGCUGUGCCUUCCUGGUGGAUGAGGUCCAGACAGGAGGGGGCUGCACCGGCAAGUUCUGGGCCCACGAGCACUGGGGCUUGGAUGACCCGGCUGACUUGAUGACCUUCAGCAAGAAGAUGAUGACGGGGGGCUUCUUCCACAAGGAGGAGUUCCGGCCCAAUGCUGCCCGGUACCCUCAGUUCAUCAGCCGAGCGAGAGGACGAGGCACCUUCUGCUCCUUUGACACUCCAGAUGAAUCCAUACGGAAUAAACUCAUUUUAAUAGCCAGAAACAAAGGUGUGGUGUUGGGGGGCUGUGGCAACAAAUCCAUCCGUUUCCGUCCUACCAUGGUCUUCAGGGAUCACCACGCGCAUCUGUUCCUCAAUAUUUUCAGCGACAUCUUAGCCGACUUCAAGUAA